CCUGUACCCAGGCACGCCCAGGCAUGAUCUUACCCUCGUCGAUGCGGCGGGCGGUCUCUGCCGCCUCCCAAUCACCGCUACUAUCAAGCCUCACCCCUGCGAGCGCCCGGGCGCCGGCCGUCUUCUCCCUCAUCUGCGACCCAUGCUGCCAACAGUCUCGUCGCUACUCUUCGUCGAAGCCUUCGAGCCCGAAGGACUCCCCCAAGGGUGACUCCGACGGCCAGGUCACCGCCACGGCUUCUCAGACUAAACAGCCUGGAGAGAAGCGACGGCGUAAGAACAAAGAGUGGACCGACCUCCAGUCGAGGCUUCCCAGCGUCCCCAGCACCCAGCAUGUGCCGCAGGAAGCAUUGGCGCUGUCGACGUUCUUCUCCCUACAUCGGCCCAUGUCCGUAACUCACAGCUUCCCCAAGACGAUCACCGAGGAUGCCUUCGCUCAAAUCUUCGCCCCUCGCUCGAAGAGUAAUAAGUGCAACGACGUCGUGUCUACCCUCUCUCGGUCCGUCGACGAGCUCGAGCAGCCCAUGCAGAACAUGAGCCUCGAGUCUCAGAGCAGCGGCGAGACGGGUGUCGAUGCCCGCGGCCAACCGAUGCACAAGAUGGAUCUCAAGCACCCGGACGGCACCGAGUCGAGCGUCUACGUCCAGCUGGACGCCAUGUCUGGCCAGUUCUUGCCGUUCCGGCCGCCCCCGCUGCCGCAGCCCGGGAACGCGGCCUCACCCGAGGCGGGCACGGCCACGGCCACGGCCAAAUCAGUGGAGGAGGCACCGCAACACGUGCCGCAGCACCGCGUCUACAAGGCUAUGUUCACGCUGGAGGAGACGACGGACGAGCGAGGCCAGGUGCGGAUCGUCGCGCACAGCCCGAAGCUGGUCGAGGAACCGCCGACGCCGCGGUCGUUCCUCGAGCGCAUGGCCCUGCGCCACCUCCGCUUCCGCGACGAGCCACGCAACCAGGGCGUUGACAUGGUGGCCAUCAGCGUGAAGCGGCAAAGGAAGUUGAAGAUGAAGAAGAAGAAGUACAAGAAGCUGAUGAAACGGACGCGAAACCUUCGGCGGAAGCUGGAUCGGGUCUAAGAGGGGCCCGGACACGAGGGGUCCAAGAAGGGAGAGUCCAUGCCGCCGAGCGCGCGUCCC